AUGGUCACCAUGAGCCACAUCGCUCAGGCCAGGAAGGCAGUGGAACAACUUCGUAUGGAGGCUGGCAUCGAGAGAAUUCAGAUUUCCAAAGCUGCAGCUGAUCUGAUGCAUUACUGCGAGGACCAUGUAACAAAUGACCCAUUGGUGACGGGAGUCCCGAACUCAGACAAUCCAUUCAAGGACAAGAAACCCUGUAUCAUAUUGUAA